AUGAUUGGUCCACUUGCACUUCGAGGACAUGAGCCCUGGGGCCAAGAAUCUUUUCAUAUACGGCAUGUACUGACCGCACGCUAUGUAGCCGACUACGACAAUGACAAUCCGACCGACACCAGAAAGAGGAAUAUACCCUUGUCGUCCGAAGUACUCGAUAUAGAUAUCAUGACAGAAGGGAUUCUACUAGCCGAGGCACAUACUCGAGCCCGUAUCGGUGCCAUCUUAUUCAAAACACUGGCAAUAGCGGAAAAGAAAGACGGUAUGACUCAGGAAAAGGUGUCUUCUUCCUCCACCCAAUCCGCUCAAUCGGUCCUCCUUCAAUACGCGACGCAUAUGAUGAUGCCUUCGGGAUUAUUCAAUAAAAAGAGAGACUUAGUGUCAGGUAGAACCGACUACUCGCUCUGGUCUAAAAGGCAAGGCAAGGGAAACGAGGUUGAGUUUACAUUAUGGAAUACGAAGGAAAGCAAUGUAACUGACAAAAUGAUCAAGAGGUACUCCGAUUUGGCAGAGACGGAGUCACAGGCUCGGACUUCAUAA